CUUGGCGGGGCGGCUCGGACCGGCGAACUACAAAGCCCGGCGGCCCCGACAGCUGCGAAAGACGGAUAAAUUUUGGCGGACCCGGGGGAAGCGAAUCUCAAUCUCUUUGUUUUAAGGGGGCUGUUGGGUGGUCUCGGAACUGGGCUGUGUGCGCUGGGAAAGGGAAGUGGAGGUGAGACGAGGGCUUCCCGCCCUGAGUUUGGCCCGCCCCGGCUGCGGCAGCGCCCAGCCCACCCCGCGGAGCCGCCGCCCUGCCCAGGCUCGGGGAGGGCGGCCGCCCGCUGCAGGGCCUCCGGCCUUCGGCGCCUCGGCCUCGCCCAGGGCGCUGCCUCUUGGUGCAGAACCGCGUGUGCGACAAACGUUUGAUGUGAGACUCGAGAAACCGUGUUGUAAGCGGGCUUGUCUCCUUUCCUGGAUACGCGUUAUUUCUAGAUGAUUAACAUGCUCAUUUUAAAGUAACUCAAAGGCAUUUGCAUAUUCAACCCAUCCACCAGUGAUUGCUCAAAGGGCACUAAUGUUCAAAGGGUCUCUGAAAGAUGAACUUGGCUGAAAUUUGUGAAAAUGCAAAGAAAGGAAGAGAAUAUGCUCUUCUGGGAAAUUACGACUCAUCAAUGGUGUAUUACCAGGGGGUGAUACAGCAGAUUCAGAGACAUUGCCAGUCAGUGAGAGACCCAGCUAUCAAAGGCAGAUGGCAUCAGGUUCGGCAAGAAUUAUUAGAAGAAUAUGAACAAGUUAAAAGUAUUGUCAACACGUUAGAAAGUUUUAAAAUCGACAAGCCCCCAGAUUUCCCUGUAUCCUGUCAAGAUGAACCACUUAGAGACCCUGCUGUCUGGCCGCCUCCUGUUCCUGCAGAGCACAGAGCUCCACCUCAAAUCAGGCGUCCCAGUCGAGAAGUAAGACCUCUGAGGAAAGAAAUGGCAGGAAUAGGAGCCCGGGGACCGGUAGGCCGAGGACAUCUGAUAUCCAAGAAUGAGAAACCUCCUACAAGUAGGGACAAGGAUUAUAGAACGAGAGGGCGGGAUGACAAGGUAAGGAAAAAUAUGCAAGAUGGUGCAAGUGAUAGUGAAAUUGCAAAAUUUGAUGGUGCCGGCUAUGAUAAGGAUCUGGUGGAAGCACUCGAGAGAGACAUUGUAUCCAGGAAUCCUAGCAUCCACUGGGAUGACAUAGCAGAUCUGGAAGAAGCUAAGAAGUUGCUGAGGGAAGCUGUUGUCCUUCCAAUGUGGAUGCCUGACUUCUUCAAAGGGAUUAGAAGGCCGUGGAAGGGUGUGCUGAUGGUUGGACCCCCAGGCACUGGGAAGACCAUGCUGGCUAAAGCUGUUGCCACCGAGUGUGGCACAACGUUCUUCAAUGUUUCCUCUUCUACACUGACGUCUAAAUAUAGAGGUGAAUCUGAGAAGCUGGUCCGUCUGUUGUUUGAGAUGGCUAGGUUUUAUGCCCCCACCACAAUCUUCAUUGAUGAAAUCGAUUCCAUCUGUAGUCGAAGAGGGACCUCUGAUGAGCAUGAGGCGAGUCGCAGAGUGAAGUCUGAGCUCCUCAUUCAGAUGGAUGGAGUUGGAGGAGCUUUAGAAAAUGAUGAUCCUUCCAAAAUGGUUAUGGUGUUGGCUGCGACUAAUUUCCCCUGGGACAUUGAUGAAGCUUUGAGAAGGAGAUUAGAAAAAAGAAUAUACAUCCCUCUCCCAACAGCAAAAGGAAGAGCUGAACUUCUGAAGAUCAAUCUUCGAGAAGUGGAAUUAGAUCCUGACAUUCAGCUGGAGGACAUAGCAGAGAAGAUUGAGGGAUACUCCGGUGCUGAUAUAACUAAUGUUUGCAGGGAUGCUUCUUUAAUGGCAAUGAGGCGGCGUAUCAAUGGCUUAAGUCCAGAAGAGAUCCGUGCCCUUUCUAAGGAGGAACUUCAGAUGCCUGUUACCAAAGGAGACUUUGAGUUGGCUCUUAAGAAAAUUGCUAAGUCUGUCUCUGCUGCAGACUUGGAGAAAUAUGAAAAAUGGAUGGUUGAAUUUGGGUCUGCCUGAGUUUUUGUCAGCUCUUUCAUUUCUGUCAUUUUUGUUUAUAAAAAAAAAAAAGUGAAGAAAUUCCUGAAAUUUGUUUUUAAA